CACACUCCACAAGAAUAUCUCCCGCCAACAAACCCCAUCCAAUCACGUUCCUCUCCGCAUCACACCCUCGCCUCCCAUUGGCCCGCGGCCGUCCACGUCAGCACCCCUCCAACCCCCUCCGCUCAACGAUAACAAACUCAAACUUAAUCCCCAACCCAAACCCAGUCCUUAUUAUUCAUCGCCGGACCCAAAAACUCUCCGAUCAAUCUCUACAGACUACAAUGGCUUCUCACUCGCUCUCUUUCCGAUCCCUCUUCUUAUUACUACUUCUCGCGAUCCAAACGGCGUCGUCCCGGGCUCUUCUUUCCUCGCCGGAUCUCAAUCCUCCCUACCCCAAAGCCAUCUCCGAUCUGAAGGAAGAGAUCUUGAAGGGACUGGGGUUUCAGGGGGAGGAUUUAAAGGUUUCGGGGUUCGAUGUGAAGGACGCGCAGGUGGGGCAUUCGGUGGCGUACGAGUUCGACGUGGAGAUUGACAACAAAGUCCUCCCCUUCAGGCUCUUGGAGGACGUCAACCGUUGGGACUACGUUGAUUUGCCACUAUUCCGACCCGUGGGCGACGAGAACGGGUUGAUAGAGACUCGGAAAUCCGGUCACGGGUUGCCGGUUCUGGCUCCGUUUCAGUUGGCCGGACCCAUGGAGCUCUGGAUCCAGGAUGCCAAAGAUAUGCGCCUCUCGCUACCGCAUGAUGUGGAUGCCGGUGUCUUGAAGAAAGUGAUUUUAGCAGAUGGUGCAGUUGUUACUGUCAAGGGUGCAAGAUCAGUUAGCCUUCGUCACCCGCUUGAUCUUCCACUCCCUUUGAACCGAACCCAAAAUGGAUUUGCAUCUGGUCUUCUAGCCUUGGCCGAACGGCUCCGCCACGCUUCCCGCAGUCAAGUCGCUCCACUCCUCUCCCUUCGCAUUGUUGGUGCUACGUCUCUCUCAAGCCUGACCUCAUCGUCCCACUCAUCCGCUAACAGACUCAGGCUGAAGCGCCUUGCACCAGGGUUGGUGGAGUUAUCCUCACCAUCAAAGGCCCUUUCCCCUGUUUCUCUGCAAGAAGAAUCCACCACCCUUCUCACGCCAAGUCAUUUCGCCACAAUGUGGCCCCUUCCUUCCAUUAACGGCUCAAACUCAAACUUGCUUGGUUUUGAGGCACUGCUCUCUUCUGUGCUGGGUCCUAAGGCUAACCAGAAAGGUUCCUUCCGGCUGUUGAAGGCCGACGUGUUGGCGCAGACGUUUGUAAAGAUAGGGUUUGGGGUUGAGAAGAAGUUGAAAGAAGGAGAUGGGAUUGAUUUGAAGGGUUAUCCCGAGUGGAGGACAAAGCCGGAGACAGUUAGAAUGCAUUUUGAGGUUCUGGCGAAGGUUGAUGGCGAGAAGGUUGUUCCAGAGAGAAUCAUGCAAGUUAACCCUGUUACUGUGGAGGAUACGGUGGCACAAAAUCUGGUUGUGGGGAAUGUGACAAUGUCAACUACCCCUAUUAUUCACCCUCCCCCCGACCCUUUUGCCUUGUAAAUUGCUUGAAGGGGUUUAAUUUUGUUUUGAGUUACCGGAAGAAAGUGUAAAGAUGAAAGUCUUGUUUUUCUUCUGCUUCUUUUUAUAUAUAUACACAUGUGAUGAGUUAG